GUUCUCACAUUCAUCCACUGACUUCAGCUCAAACAGUCUAUCGACCUGCAGUAGUCUUUCACCAUCAGAAAUCCUCACCAUCCAUUCCUAUCAAGCUUCACCUUUCUCUUCUCUUUCCCUCGCUUCAUCACAUCCAGUCAGCAAAAACAUUCAGACCUCGACAACCGUCUCUUUCCUGUCCAAUCAGAAUGGCCUCUCGUAAAAAAGUUCUCCUCAAGGUCAUCAUCCUCGGUGACUCAGGUGUGGGAAAGACAUCACUCAUGAACCAAUAUGUCAACAAGCGGUUCUCGACUCAAUAUAAAGCAACCAUCGGCGCUGAUUUCCUGACCAAGGAGGUUUACAUCGAGUCUGAGCCCUCUACUAGCCAACAAGUCACCUCCCAGCCUCAACAUCAACCCAACCCAAACUCAGACCGAGUAGUGACGAUGCAACUCUGGGAUACGGCCGGUCAGGAACGCUUUCAGUCACUCGGAGUUGCUUUCUAUCGUGGGGCAGAUUGCUGCGUGCUAGUGUACGAUGUGAACAGCAGCAAGAGCUUUGAGACGCUUGACAGCUGGCGAGACGAGUUUUUAAUACAGGCCUCUCCCAGAGAUCCGGACAACUUUCCGUUUGUGGUUUUAGGGAACAAGAUUGAUGUGGAGGAAGGGAAGAGGCAGGUUUCCCAGAAACGAGCAAUGAGUUGGUGCCAGUCCAAAGGAAACAUCCCUUACUUCGAGACCUCAGCCAAGGAAUCUAUCAACGUUGAACAGUCCUUCGUUGCUGCCUGCCGCAACGCGCUAAGCGUAGGGGACUCCAUGGAUGAUGGUUUCUCAGAUUAUCCCGACCCAAUCAUGCUAAACUCAGAGGGACAACAAAGUUACGGAUGUGGAUGUUGAAAGGGGUCUCUGCUUUCGUCAAUCUCGUGGCUUUACAUCAUUUCAUUAUUACCAUCUUUCAUGUAACACUACUUAAUUGAGACUUUUUUCUUUCGAACACGAAACUGAUAAUAUGAAACUAAACAAAAAUACAACAUCAUCACCAUCAAGAUCAUUGAUUUAUGUUUUGUUUGACAAAUCUUAUUGAACCUUCAACUCACUUUACUCCUUGACCAUUUGAUUUCUAUCGUUGUUUGUGGCUUCUGUCUUUUUUUCUUGGUUCUGUGGCUUGAUUUACAUAAAUAUAAUAACCUAUAUUUGUUCAGUUUUUUCUUUAUCUAUUCGUUUCCAAGGUAGGCUAUGAAAUAUGAGUAUUUUUUGCAUUC